AUGAAGGGGGCCUUCAAAACCCUGCUGAGCAAAAUGCUCAGGAGAAUAGAAAAUGGGUUUUCAGCAUCCACGGGAAAGACGCGCUUUACACAUGGGAGGAGAGGCACAAGUGGCCACUACUGCGCUGGUGGUACCAGUGGUAGUGCACGUGCACCCUUGCAGUUGGCCCUGUGGUGCACGGGUGACGGGGCAAGGGACCACCGGGGUGAGCGCACCCCCACACGGACGGCCCUCCUCAUCGCGGCAACCAUCGGUGGACUGCACCUGCUUCUAAACAGCGCAGAAGAUGGGGAUCAAAGGGGGAAGAAAAAAAGAUGGAACUUUCUUACCCCCCCACGUAUGAGAAACGAAAUAGCUAGCUGUUGCGGGAUUAUGGCCUACCUAGGCAACAGAGACGCCUCGAAAAUUCUGUUCGAUGGGAUUGAGGUGUUGCAAAAUAGGGGCUACGACUCCUGUGGCAUGUCCACCAUAAGCCGCACCAAUGGAACUUUAAAGACGACCAAGUAUGCCAGCAGCUCGACCAGUGACGCUAUAGAAAAACUGAGAGAAAAUUAUUCUGCUAGUCACAAAAAUGAUAAAAUAGGAAUUGCACACACGAGGUGGGCAACACAUGGAUGCAAAGUGGAUGAAAAUGCUCACCCGCACAUGGACUACAACGAACGGAUUAGCAUCGUUCAUAAUGGCAUUAUAGAAAAUUACAGAGAGUUGAAGAGCUUCUUAUUAGGGAAGAAGAUUCCCUUUAAGUCUAACACCGACACAGAGGUGGUAGCCAAUUUGAUAGGUUACUUUCUAGACCAGAAGGAGAGUUUCCAAAACGCAGUGCUCUCCGCAAUUAGGCAAUUGGAAGGCACAUGGAGCUUCUGCAUAAUACAUAAGGACCACCCAGACGAAAUGAUCCUUGCGGCGAACGGUUCGCCACUACACAUUGGGUUCAAGGAUAAUGAAAUUUUUGUCGCAUCGGAACACUCAGCCCUUUUCAUGUUUACGAAUGAAUACAUUUCCCUAAAAAACGGAGAAAUUUUAUCCAUCAAUAAGGACAAGAUAAAUGACCUAAAAAUGGAUAAGAAAGUGGAAAGCAUACCAGAGGUUGUUAUACAGAAGACACCCCACCCUUUUCCUCACUGGACACUGAAGGAAAUACAUGAGCAAUCAAUUACCUUAUCCAAGACGUUAAAUAAUGGUGGCAGAUUUAGCAUUCUAAAUAGCUCCGUAAAAUUAGGGGGUCUAGAUCCCUACGUAGAUGAACUCUCCCAGAUUGAAAAUAUUAUGCUGAUCGGUUGUGGGACGUCGUACUAUGCUGCACUUUUUGCAAAGUAUGUAAUGCACUACUUGAAUUGCUUCAACACAGUCCAGGUCAUGGAUCCUACAGACUUCAACGUUUCCGUCAUCCCGAAGGAAAAGGAAGGAGUUAUCUUCAUAUCGCAAAGUGGAGAAACGAGGGAUGUUAUUAAGGCUUGUAAAUUAGCUGACGAUCUGAAUUUAAAAAAGUUGUCUGUUGUUAAUUCUGUUGGAUCUACUAUUGCUAAUAUGACUGGACGGGGCGUGUAUCUAAAUGCUGGAAGAGAAGUUGGAGUUGCUUCCACCAAGUGUUUCACUGCAGAAGUGUCCGUCCUCACAUUAAUAGCUAUUUGGUUUUUUCAAAACAAAAAGGGAACCUACCACUCUUCCCACUCUAAGGUAAGCGCCUUAAUCAAUUCCAUGCAUAGACUUCCCCUAUAUGCUGGUACAACUGUUAAAUCAUGUGAAGCGAAGUGCAAAAUGCUUGCUAAUAAACUCACCAAUGCGAAGUCGAUGCUCAUUGUGGGAAACGGGUUAAGCUACCCAAUCGCCUUGGAAGGGGCCCUAAAAAUUAAAGAACUCACUUAUAUUCACUGCGAAGGAUUUACUGGAAGUGCCUUAAAACACGGACCCUAUGCACUCCUCGGUGGGGAAGAAAACAUGCCUGUAAUUAUGCUCGUCUUUAAUGACCCCUCCAAAAAUGUAAUGAUCAAUACGGGUGAGCAGAUAAAGUCCAGGGGUGCGCACAUCAUUUGCCUGACGGACGACGAAGACCUGUGCAAGCACUUUGCCGAUGACAUUAUUUUAAUCCCCAACAACGGGCUGCUGACCCCCCUGCUGGCCGUCAUCCCCCUGCAGAUGCUCGCCUACUACACCUCCGUUGCACGGGGCAACAACCCCGACCGCCCACGCUGCCUCGCCAAGACGGUCACCGUGUCGUAG